AUGGGUGAUCAGAUCUCUGAAACUAAUUUAAACCUCUCGAAAUCCAUGGAGGUUGAAGUUGUUAAUAUCAAACAAGGUGGUGAUCAGGCCAUAAAGGAAGAGGACCACAAUUCUCCUGCUUCUUCUUUAUCAACAAUCAACAGAAAGGGAUCAUGCUUCUCUAUCUCUGUACCUUUCUUGCAGAAGUUGAUAGCAGAGGCUUUGGGUACUUAUUUCGUGGUAUUUGCUGGGGGUGCGUCUAUAGUGGUGAAUGUGAUCAAAGAUGGUCAGGUGACUCCUGUUGGGAUAUCGGUGGUUUGGGGACUUGUGGUGAUGGUCAUGAUAUACUCUGUGGGUCACAUCUCCGGCGCCCACUUUAAUCCCGCCGUUAGCAUCGCCUUUGCUGCAAACGGGAGAUUCUCAUGGAAGCAGGUACCAGGCUAUGUAACUGCACAACUCCUUGGAUCAACACUCGCAAGUGUAACCCUUAGAUUACUAUUUGGUGCGGAGGUGAAUCAUUUCUUUGGGACAGCACCAACAGGAUCAAACAUACAAUCGUUUGUGUUGGAGUUCAUCAUCUCUUUCUAUCUCAUGUUUGUUAUAUCUGGUGUUGCAACUGACAACCGAGCGAUUGGAGAACUCGCUGGGCUUGCAGUUGGGGCAACUAUCCUUUUAAUUGUGAUUAUUGCUGGGUUAAUUUCGGGAUCAUCGAUGAACCCGGCGAGGAGUUUGGGACCAGCCAUUGUUUUGAACCGUUACAAGUCAAUAUGGGUGUACAUAGUUGCACCUAUAUGUGGAAUGGUUUGUGGUGCAUGGACUUACAAUCUUAUCAGGUUCACGGACAAAUCCUUUAGUGAGAUCUCCUUCCUCAGGAGUGUAGGUUCAUUACGGAACAUCUCCAUUGCAAAGAAAAAAGAAGAAGAAUUCUCUCUCUAG